AGGAGCGGUCGGCCUAGCUUCGCCGUUGGAGAAUGCAGUACUUUCCCAGGAAGAAGGGGAAGUCUCGCGCACGCGUACUGGGAGCUCUGGAACCCAGUGCCUUUCCGGAGCACUGAGAAACCUAGCCUCAGACCGACCUCUCCGCAGGCGCAGAAGGCCGUCUCCCGCCCUCCCUCUUCCACCCUGCGCAGGCGCACAAAGCCGCGCUGGAAACCUCCGCAGCGGCUGCGCGCGCUCCACUCGCUGGCUGCUUUUGUCUCGCGCAACCUUUUUAGGCCCUCUGCGAGAUCGGCUGUUCUUUUCCUCCAUUCUCCCCACGCAGAGAGCCAGGUGCCGAGAGCCGGGACCCCUCCCCUUUUCCGUAUCCCUUUCCCUGACCCACCUCGCCUUCGUCCUCCCUCCUUUUUCGGUUCCCGAAGCCGGAAGGAGCCGAAGCACUGACGGAAAAAGUCGAAGCUGUUUCCCGUGGUGAGGCCUUCCCGAAGCGGUGCCGGAAGGAGCCGAAGUUCUGCGGAGUAAGGUAAAGCGAGCGAGUGGAACCUCCGGAGAGAGCCGAAGUUUGGCAUUGAGCUUAAUUUCUGGCUGGGCCAGACGGCGAGUGCCGGAAACCCUCGGAAAGUGCCGGAGUCCGGGCCGGUUAGGACUGUCGGAAGUAGCCGACUGCUUGGACAGAGCUGGUGAAGAGGAGCGGGCAGUGUCCGCGGAAGCCGCCAAAGACUGGGACGGUUUGAAUUGCCGGAAGAAGCCGAACCCUUGGUAGGGGACUAGGCCCAGAGGAACGCGAGGACCUACGGAAACGCCCGAACGCUGAAGAGCCGAUUUCCGAAAAGUUGCGAAAGCCUGGGAAGCCGGCGAAACCCUUGCUUCGGGUGUUUUCGGAAGUAGCAGAAGCCGCCGCUCCUACGCCUCCUUCUACAGUCCGGAAAUAGCCGACAAGUUUCGGAGCCAGGCUCUGGAGGGAGGGGCCCCUCGCAGGCGGGCAGGCGGGCGGGGAGAGGGGCGGAGUCGGGGCGGGGCGGGCAGUCGAGGCUUGAUUAGGUAGGAGGUGGCGGAGCGCCGGCGGCGGCGGCCGGAAGUAGCCGAAGCGAGCGGCGGAAGUAGCCGAGCGGCCUGAGCGGGCGGGCGGCAAGGCGAGGCCAGAGCUGCACAGGGCCUACGCGGCCGCCUCAGCAUGUCGGACUUCGACGAGUUUGAGCGGCAGCUCAACGAGAAUAAGCAAGAGCGAGACAAGGAGAACCGGCACCGGAAGCGCAGCCACAGCCGCUCUCGGAGUCGUGACCGCAAGCGCCGGAGUCGGAGCCGUGAGCGGCGCACCCGGGACCAGCGGAGUGCCUCCAGGGACAGGCGGCGGCGCAGCAAACCUUUGACCAGAGGCGCUAAAGAGGAGCACGGUGGAUUGAUUCGCUCCCCCCGCCAUGAGAAGAAGAAGAAGGUCCGUAAAUACUGGGACGUGCCGCCACCUGGCUUCGAGCACAUCACCCCCAUGCAGUACAAGGCCAUGCAAGCUGCGGGUCAGAUCCCAGCCACUGCCCUUCUCCCCACCAUGACGCCUGAUGGUCUGGCCGUGACCCCGACGCCGGUGCCCGUGGUCGGGAGCCAGAUGACCAGACAGGCCCGGCGCCUCUACGUGGGCAACAUCCCAUUUGGCAUCACUGAGGAAGCCAUGAUGGAUUUCUUCAAUGCCCAGAUGCGCCUGGGGGGGCUGACGCAGGCUCCCGGCAACCCCGUCUUGGCAGUGCAGAUUAACCAGGACAAGAACUUUGCCUUCUUGGAGUUCCGUUCAGUGGAUGAGACCACCCAGGCCAUGGCCUUUGAUGGCAUCAUCUUCCAGGGCCAGUCACUGAAGAUCCGCAGGCCUCACGACUACCAGCCCCUGCCUGGCAUGUCAGAGAACCCCUCUGUCUACGUGCCUGGAGUGGUGUCUACCGUGGUCCCAGACUCUGCCCACAAGCUGUUCAUCGGGGGCUUACCCAACUACCUGAACGAUGACCAGGUGAAAGAGCUGCUGACAUCCUUUGGGCCUCUUAAGGCCUUCAACCUUGUCAAGGACAGUGCCACGGGGCUCUCCAAGGGCUACGCCUUCUGUGAGUACGUGGACAUCAACGUCACGGACCAGGCCAUCGCAGGGCUUAAUGGGAUGCAGCUGGGGGAUAAGAAACUGCUAGUCCAGAGGGCAAGUGUGGGAGCCAAGAAUGCCACGCUGGUGAGCCCCCUGAGCACCAUCAACCAGACACCUGUGACGCUGCAAGUGCCGGGGCUGAUGAGCUCCCAGGUGCAGAUGGGUGGCCACCCGACGGAGGUCCUGUGCCUCAUGAAUAUGGUGCUGCCUGAGGAGCUGCUGGAUGACGAGGAGUAUGAGGAGAUCGUGGAGGACGUGCGUGACGAGUGCAGCAAGUACGGGCUGGUCAAGUCCAUUGAGAUCCCCCGGCCCGUGGACGGUGUGGAGGUGCCUGGCUGCGGGAAGAUCUUUGUGGAGUUCACCUCUGUGUUUGACUGCCAGAAAGCCAUGCAGGGCCUGACAGGCCGCAAGUUCGCCAACAGAGUGGUUGUCACAAAAUACUGUGACCCCGACUCUUACCACCGCCGGGACUUCUGGUAGAGGCAGCAGGGGAGGGUGGGGGGGCCAGGCUGGCUGGGGGCUUCUCCUGUGCGUCCCCCUUCUUCCCUCUGAAGAUGAUGGGCAGAGGAGUGACAGCCGAAUGACAGCCGGCAGCAACUGGAAUGGCAGCAAUUAAGGGUGGGGGGGUGGGAUGGAGGGUUGGGGGAGGGGACUGGAGAACUGCGUGCACAGGCCCCCAGACACACACCCACAGACACAGAGGGAAGGGGUCAGGAUGAGGAGGGGGGUGCACAGCAGGGCAGGGUAGGACCCCACAGCCCCUCCCCAAACAGCCUCUUCACCCUUAUUACCCCCUCGCCUCCCCUUCCCCAUGGUAGAUACAUAAGUGUGUUUAUAUUUUAUGGCCAAACUAUUUUGAAUUUUGUUGUCCAGCCCCCGGUGCCCUGCCCUCUCCCUUUCCAGGACCACAGCACCUGUCCUCUUGGCCUCUGGUCCUCUUCCCAUCCUCUCCCCGGUUUCUUACCUAGUUGAUGCUCUUUAGUCUUCCUGAUCUGUCCCCAGCCCCAUGACUCCCGUCCCCUCCUCCUCUCUGUGGCAGUUUCAUAUUUGCUAAGACGAAUUUGCUCAUUAAACAUUUUGUUGUAUUUUA